AUGUACAUAAUAUUAAUAAUAUCGCUAACAAUUGUAACCUCACAAAUUCGUGCUAUUAACGCAUCACCCGGUGAUCAAAACGGUUUUUUCAUAAAAUGCAUUUCUGAGUGUAGCUCACAAAUUGGAUGUCCACUGGCAACUAGUGGACGAAUCGAAUGGAUAUUUGAGCCGUGUUACAGGAUCGCGUCAACAGUAUUCCACUGGGCUGACUUUUGGUUAACCGAAUAUUUGGAUUAUUUUAGUGCGUUUGCACUAAUUGUUUAUGCGUUCUUCACGAGUUUAUCGUUCACAUUACCAUUUCUGCAGAAAACAACUUAUGGUCGAUUUGUGUUAGUACAUCUCGAUUAUGGCUACAAUAUGCGUUGUUGUGUGGUGUUUUGGAUAUUGACAGCCACAAUAUAUAGUUGCUGGAUGGUACGUGAAUGGCGUACACGAGAAUUGUCAGCGGACAGAAGAUCAAUUUCUUAUCUAGCAAAAUUUAUUGCCGGUGGUCUAGCAUCCGCAUUAUUCGAGGUGUUCGAUUUUGCACCUAUUCUUUGGCUGUUUGAUGCGCACUCAUUGUUCCAUCUAGCCACAGUGCCGUUGCCUUAUUAUUUGAUCAAGUUCUUAAGAUUGGAAUGUGAAUAUGAGAUGAAUUGGUUCGAUAGACAUAUCAAAAUCACAUAA